CAACUUUGAGUAAUGCAGUAAUGAUUGAACAGAUCCAGAUAACCCCCCCCCCCCCCCUCUCCACGCUGCUGGCUGCUAGUUGUGCUAUCAUAGCUAGCAACUACUAUCAAUACCGAUACGCUGUACCGUACCGUACUGUACUGGCAGCUACCUCGUUAGCUACUGCCACUACUACUAGCUAGCUAGACUAUGCUAGCUAGCUCUAGCUAGCUACUAGCUAGCUACCAGGAGUCGAGUCUGGCGAGACAAGACUUCGCAAAGUCCCGCAGAAACCCUAAUGUUUAACCCCAAUGACAAAGUAGCCGUUGGUUUUUCAUUCUUGUUUUGUUGUUCCGAUGAGCACGUUUCAAAGCUGUCUCUGCUCGGCGUCUCGACUCCGCGCCAAAAUUAAAUGCUCGUCACGCGAAAGCUCCUCACAAAUUCGGUUUGCAAAACAUCGAACCUAGCCAAUGACAACACCAUCACAAUCCUAUAGUACGCCGUCCUCACCAAAGUCCACAGCCGCGAAGAAGAGAAGCACUACCCCAAAGACACCCAGUUCCACCAAGAAGAAGAAACGUACUCAGACACCAGCGCAGAAGCUGCGAAAGGCCGAGCGCCGUAGGGAGCGAGACGCAGAAAAGAAGGAAGCCGCUGCAAGACAAGCCGUCGAAGAGGAGGAAGCCGCUGCAAGAAAAGCCGUCGAAGAGGAGGAAGCCGCUGCAAGAAAAGCCGCCGAGGAUAAAGCGAAGAAAGAAAGAAGGGCUGUAAAGGAUAAGGCACGACACGCUCGAAACAAGGAAGCAGCAGCAGCAGCUAGAGCAGCCGCAAUGUCAACACAGAACACCCCAAGCGCGCCAAGCAACACCGGUCCUCUCAUUGACCCAAAUGUAUUGAAGCUGUUGUCGCCCACUCAAAGAGGGCACUACAUGAGUUCGCAGUAUAUUGCGCACACGUCGGCAAAAGCAAACGAGACCAAACGCGCCGUAGCCAGGGACACAAACGAGUCCAUCGAAAAUAGCCGAGUAUCGGACGUCGGGCUCUUCGGAUCUAUGUACAAUGAAACGCCUGCUGCAGCAACGGCACCCACGGCAACAGCCGGCUUCGGCGCCACGGCACCGGCAACAGCCGCUGGGACGCAUGGCGCGGACCAUGCCGGUGGUGGCUUUGGCAUGCCCGGCACGGCUCCAAAUCCAGUUCCACCGGCCUCGAGCAGCGGGUACCAGUACUCGCAGCCCCACCAGAGCAACGUCCCACCUGCCAAUGAAGCAGCGUUCAGCGCCUCGAAGCAGGCGCCCUUCAGUCCUCCCCCGUUUGGACCAACCCAUGCUGCCCCGUACGCCGCAGCUCCUGGGCCAUUCAACGCUCAGUUUGACACGCCGUUCUCCCCUCAGCGGCCACAGGCCCAGGCAACGAAUCAAGGGCCACCACCUCCAAGCGCCGCCUGGGUUGGUACCCCCCAGCCACCCCAGCCACGUGGGUAUGCUUCGCCGCCUCCAGCCAGUUUUACGAGUCCAACGACUCCAAGCGGCGGCCAGCCUUUCACGGCUACAAAUGGGGUCCCAGCCACGGCAUCCGUAUCCGCUGGCAACGGAUUCGGCGCCAACAAUGCGACUUUUACGCCGCAGCGCCCAACUGGCCACGCUGGCUUUACGACGGCCUCGAGCGGAACGCAGCCCUUUGGCUCGCCUCCGCCGCAGCAGAACGCGACAUGGGCUACGCCUCAACCGACCUAUUAUGCACGGAAUGCCUCGGCUGCUGGCUUUGCCCCCCCCCAGCCAUCGGGGAAGCCGGGUCUUACCACCCCGACGACGCAGCAACACGCUGCAAGAGCUCCCGCUGGAGCCAAACACCAGAUUGGGGCAGAAGUGAUUUACUGGCCGCAGGAUGGAGGCAGGUUCCCUGCGCACGUCCUCCGCGUCGAUGCAAAAGAUGGCCUACCGGUCUACGCAAUCAAGAAGGUUGCUAACGGCGAAACGGUCCAAUCUGUGGACCAGAAGUUGUUGUCGGAAACAGCAUGGGUCUAUACCGGGCCCGGGGGGGACGAGGACGACACUCAAAUGCCAGACCCAACCCAUAACCACUUCGAUGGCGAGUCCGCGGAGACGGAACAUCUUUUUUCGCCGGGAAAAGGAUCUAAGAAAAAAGCGGCCGCGCACAUUCCCCGUGACCGCGCUCACUUCGACGCACGGCGUCACAAUAGUGCCCGAGACCCUAAGAAGGUCCAUCGACAUGGGGAUGGCACCCCUGCGGACAGCAGCCAUGCUGACGGCACCCCUUUGAAGAGCACCCCUGGGGCCAGCAGCAGCCACCAAAAGUAGGCUACAUUCAUCAUCAUGUCCAAAAAUUGACCACGUACACAUGGUCCAAAAUCGACGACGAACACACAGAACAUGCAAGCAAAGUCGGUCGUAUUCAUAGGCUCCCCAAACGGAUGGGUAGUAGCCUUCUUCAAAAUGAUGAGCCAAAUUACAAAAUAGGAAAUAAAACAAAUUUACAAUCAUUGAAACCAAACUUGACUACUGUCCACUAUGCUUUACUUUGAAA